GUUGACUGGUGAUAACAGAUAAGAGCUCGCUAGCAGUCCUCAGCGAAGUUCUCUGCUAGGCUAUCCUAAGCGGCUUGAACGCCUGACCUUACAACCUUUGCAGAUUACCAUAUCGUAGAUUUAGGCCUAACUGACAAUACUUGCUUGACGUUAAACUCCUACGCGGACAACAUGAAGGCGCCGCACUCGCUCUUGCUUGUCUUUAUGGCCUACGCCACGGCGCACAUGGCUUAUAGUCGGGCCCCAGGGGAUGCAGAACCCUUCCUCCUCGCGAAGCCGCGACAAUCCCAUAAUUCCACUCAGGCCAAAAAGAUGAGUGAAAUGAUGCAGCUACCUCAGCUGCAGGAGCAGCACCAGCACCAGCACGGCGACGUGGCUGGCAGCGGCGGCGGGGCGCUCAGCAACAACGGAAUCCUCAGAAGCACCGAGGAACGCGGCCUCACACAGGCGCUGCAGGUGCUGCUGGAGCGCGAGGGUCGCCGGCUACUCAGGGGUUACGUUGGCGGUACGGGUGGUGGCAGCGGCAGCAGCGGUGGCUUCAAGUGGUGGAUCAUCGUCGUGAUCGUGUCGGUGGUGCUGGGAGUCAGCCUCAUUAUCUUGCUGUGCUGGUAUCUCAACCUGCGGCACCGCGCCAAGCACGGCUCCAACAUGUGGGACCGGCGCUCCUCCCGCGUGGCAGACGGCGCCACCAAUGACGCUGCCGCCCCGCCGCCACCGGCCAUGGGUAUGCCCACAUACCCGCCCAACAAAGGGCCGUACGACGGCGCGCCCGCUGCCGGCCCCGUGCCAAUGUAAUAAUACGGCGGCGAUACGGCGGUACUACUGACACCGGACCAGCAGUACCCCUCGGCGCUGCCGAUGGCCCCACCGCCUGACGGGUUUGUGGCGGCGGGCGAGUGAGGGGCCCACAGGAUGCAGCAGCAGGCGGGGGCGGCGGGGGGAGGGGCGGGUCGGUAUCCUGGCGUGGCUCCGGCGGCGUACGGCGACAUGCCGGCGGUCGACCAGCUGGUGCAGCAGCGGUGAUUGUGAGGCAGCUGCUUUGAUUUCUUCUGGGAGAUGUUGUAGGAGCAUGGUAGGCGGAGUAGAGCGCAGUAGUAGAGUGCAGCAACACCGAAGUGCAGCAAGUGCUGCGCUGCAGCAAGUGCGCCAAGUCGGUAAUGACGACUCGGUGGCUGGGUUGCUCGACUUGCUCCUCAACUAAGAAUGAGCGUCUCAGAGUAGGUCAGGGCGGGGCGUCGGAAGCGGCGGAUGGACUUUGAGCUGCAGGGCCCGCCGGGUCAGUCCACACUCAACAGCUGUAACAGUUAAGGGCA